UAUCUUCGCAUUCACACCUUCACCAACUAUACUAGUGUCCAGUCACUUCAUUUUCCAUGGCCCAAACUCACAUUAAUUAGUUAACACUAACACUUUCACCACCCUCUUUCCCCAUUUCUAAUUAUUCAACAACUUGUCCUGUAUCUCAAACUUUCUAGUAGCCACCCCUUGUUUUCACCAUAUUCAUUAGGAACAAAGAAAAACAGUCCACUAUUUUGGCCAUGAAAAUUCAGUGUGAUGUGUGUGAGAAAGCUCCUGCAACUGUGAUUUGCUGUGCAGAUGAGGCAGCUUUGUGUGAUAAAUGUGAUGUUGAGGUUCAUGCUGCAAACAAGCUAGCAAGCAAGCACCAAAGGCUUCUCCUUAAUUGUCUAUCUAACAAGCUUCCUAGAUGUGAUAUAUGCCAAGAUAAGGCAGCUUUCAUAUUUUGUGUUGAAGACAGAGCUCUCUUCUGUAAGGACUGUGAUGAAUCAAUUCAUGUAGCUGGUAGCCUUUCUGCAAACCAUCAGCGCUUCCUCGCUACUGGUAUCCGGGUGGCUUUGGGAUCUAAUUGUACCAAAGGAAAUGAAAAAAAUCGCGUGGAACCAUCCGAUCCGAAAGCACAAGAAGUUCCUGUGAAAACUCCUUCUCAGCAAGUGCCUAGCUUCACAUCCUCUUGGGCUGUUGAUGACUUAUUGGAAUUAACAGACUUUGAAUCACCAGACAAAAAGCAAUCACUGGAGUUUGGAGAGCUUGAAUGGCUAGCAGAUGCAGGUCUUUUCAGUGAGCAGUUUCCUCAUGAAGGUUUAGCUGCAGCUGAAGUUCCACAACUUUCAGUAACACACACUAGCAGUGUUGUCUCAUACAAAGCCCCCAAGUCCUUCAUGUCUCACAAGAAGCCUAGGAUUGAAGUCAUCGAUGAAGAUGAUGAUGAGCACUUCACUGUGCCUGAUCUUGGCUGAAACACAUUGUAGGUAGAUUAAUGAGUUGUGUAUGUAAACUGUGUGGAAUGAUGAUGAGCAAUGAUCUUGGCUAUAGUGACAUGGCCAUCUGGAGUCUGGACCAUUGCAUGAACAUGUAGACUAGAUUGAUGAGUUAUAUACGCAUACUAUAAGGAUACUAGGUGUUGAAGUAUGCAUACUAUUUUUUGUGUCCGUUAUUGUAAAAAUAAAAUAAAUAAUGGUAAGGUAUUAAAAUAUAUAGAUUUUAAGCUGACAAUCAAACCAA